AUGGGGUUAGGAUGUUUAGUCAAAGAAGCACAUUUAGAUGUUGAUCCUAGUAUUCCUCCAAAAAUCUGCCCAGUUCGUAGGAUUCCCUAUUCUCUUAGAGAUAGAUUAAAACAAGAGUUAGAUGAAAUGGAAAAAAUACAUGUUAUUGAAAAAGUGACAAAACCAACUAAAUGGAGUCUGAACAUAAUCAACGUCUUGAAGCUGUUUUUAAAAGGGCCCAAGAAGCAAACA